AUGUGGACAGAUUACAACGUCACCGAAACGACUGCACCUGAGUUGGUCCAUUACGACAAUAUCUACCGCAGCCGUACCUACCAGGCGGCAUGGGCUCACGUCGGCAUCGCUGUCGUGUUCGUUGCCCUGCGCAUCUGGUACCGCAGCUGGGGCCCGCGAAAACUAUGGGUGGACGACUCGUAUCUGGUGCUUGCUCUGGCAUGUCUCGUGGCGAAUGCUGUCAUGGUAACCGAGUGGGUGCAGCUUAGCUGGGACGAGAAUGCCCCUCCCUACGACGUCGUCUUGACAGGCAGCCUGAUGGGCACCUUCAACUCGAUGUCUUUGGCAUUCGGCAAGACCUCGCUGGCGCUCACGCUUAUCCGGCUCACCGACGGAUGGUGGAGGACCUGUCUCUGGUACAUCAUUCUCCUGAUGAACAUGCUGUACCUCAUCCAGGCCAUAAGCUUCUGGUUGCGCGACUGCAAGAACCAGAUCCCCGAGCCUCUCCGACUUCCCGCCACCGAUUGCAUGCAGUUCAACGUCGUCAAGUUCGCCCGGAUCAUCAUCCAAGCUGCCUCCUGCGCGACUGAUGCAUUCUUCUCCGUGGUCCCUUGGAAGAUCGUGCAGGGACUCGACCUCAGACGCUACGAGAAGAUUGGCCUCGCUGUUGCAAUGAGUCUCGGAGUAAUGUCCCUUGCUUCCGGUCUUAUGCGGAUCGUGGACUUGGUGCGACUUACCGCAGGCCCCGGGGCGUUAACACCAUUCUACAUCGUCGUGUCCUUCGUAUGGAACCUGGUCGAACCAGCUGAUACAAUCUUCGCCUGCUGCAUGCCCGUGCUCCGCAAGAUCAUCGUCGACAUGCUCCAGUGGAAGCCGAACAACCAUUUCGCGGCCUGGCUGGCCAACAGACGACGCAACGAACGAGCCGCCGCCCAAUCCCCCUCCGGAAACGUCCUUCUUGGGGGAAGUGGAAAUCGGGAGGAGAGCCCGCCGACUUCGGGAUACACCUCGACGUCCGGACAAUCUGUCUUGGUGAACGGUGAAGAGGUCCCGAUUGCGGACCUGGAGAAGCGAUAUAUUGGACUGCCGAGAGUGGCUUGA